AUGCCUGGAACCAUACCUGCAAAACGCUUUGACACAUUAUCUCUGGAAGAUAAAUCCAUUGUGCUCGGGCAAAUGGCCGAUAUUCUGGCCCUACUACAUCAAUUCGAGAUCCCGAACACGAUCGAAAUGUUCGGAGGCCUGAAGUUUGACGAGCAUGGAAUAAUAAUCAAGCUUCAGGAGGCCGAUGAAAACCCGGUCAUAGUGGGCUGGGAAGAAAAUGGGCUACGGACAAAACUGGACAAGUUUAUCGGUUACCAACUUGACGAGACUUUGAAAGACUAUGUACAGGUCCGUAGAGUGCUUAUUCAUGGAGAUUUUACAACAAAUAAUAUUCUGUUCGAUGCAGGCACGCUUAAAGUAACUGCAUUAUUAGAUUUCGACUUCUCUUACGUUUCAACGGCCGCAGAAGAAUUUCUCGGGUUCUCCUUUGGUAAUAUAUCAGGUGGCAAGCUUCCAGGGCCGUUUGGAACCGGAGCUGAUCUCAGCCUUCGCAAAGCGAUGCUCUCUAGCUUCACAACGCCGUUUCUCAAUACAGACACUUCGGAAAAUCACUGGGACGUGACAAAGGCUAGGGGCAGAGAACUUGUGCGAGCUGGUGCUACAAAGCCCGCCACUAUACCUCAUUUUGAAGAUAUCGCAGAUAUCUACUGGCUUCAGGACAAAAUAAGUCCAUUUGAACUUGAUAGCCCCGUCAUGAGGAGACGAAAAACAGCAGAACAGCUAAGGAGCAUCCGAAACGAGAUAGAAGAAAUGAUUGUUAGGUUUUUGGACCGCUUGAAUACGUCUUCGGGUGGCGAUUUUAGCAAUUAG